ACAAAAAGGUAUUAUAUUUUUUUUCACUUCAAGAAAAACCUCAUGGUUUACGAAAAGAUUUAAACGAUAUCAAGAUAAGUGUGCUCUUAAUAGAACUUUUCUAAAAUUCCCGAGUUGCAUAAAAAAUGUACUAGAUGGUCUGAUCUGACAUCAGUUAAAAAAAGUACUUUAUGCAUUCUUAAAUUUAAAUUUUAAAAAAUGUAAUCGACAUAUUCUAUAAUUUUUAUCACUUGAUAAAUAUAAACGUAUAAACUCCUCUCUUAUAAAAGAAAUUAUCAAAUGAACAAAAACAUUUUGUGUGUUCUCUUCUUGCUGUGCUACGCGAAACUUGUAUACCGUGUUCUCUAUUGUUAGUAUCAGACGACGCCAAUAGCAGUAUAAUGGGUCGAUAUCAUCUCUGAAGCUGAAAGUCAUGGCAAAGUAUUAAAAUAUGGAAAAUUUGAUAGAUUAUUUAAUUAUAAAAUUGAAAUAUAUAAUUUUUACGUAUAUUAAUUUGAUACUCGGCUUUUCAUCAGCCGAUAUUAAUACCAGACAAUUUUGUGGAGACGAAAAGAAUUUUCGUUUGAGAAUUUUAUGUGAAUAACGAGAUGAAAAGCAUAAGAAUUACACUCUAAUUUAAUGUGAUACUCUUCUAUUGUCUCAUUGCAAUUUUAAUGAUAUAAACGAGAAUGAUAUUAUGCAGAAGUUUCGAGGCGUACCGCAAGCAAUUGCAAAGCGUAUUACGACGAUCAAACUCCGCCCUUUGCGAAAACGCCGCCUUCGACAUGCGCCGGAGGGUCGUCUGCGGUUACACCGUUUCUUACCUUUAAUCACGCGUUUAAUCUGUCCGAAGUGGUAACAUGCUACGCGUGUGAAGAAUCGUGUAAUUCGAUACGUCAGACUCAUUUAUUUGUCCUAAAAUCAAUUGUUCUCGUCCAACUUGUCAUCGACUGACAGCAACUUAUCGUAAUGUCCGGUAAGCGUAGAACAUUACAAAGAUUAAUAUAUGUACAUAUAAACUAAAUCACAGCAGCAUGCAAAAAUAUAUGGAAGUGGAUAAAAUAAUAGAUAUACUUUAAAACGAUAUUUUUUCUUUUUUUUUUAAACUAUAUAUAUUUUUACGUAAAAAACAUUUCUUGUCUCAGUAACUUUACUCACUAAGUAUUAAAGUCGUACCGGCAAUUUUCAAUAAAAUUGCGAUACAUAAAUUCUUUAUAAUCAUAGAAUUUAAGUUAUUAUAAUUAUAAAUUUAAAUUUAUUACAAAAAUAAACAUAAAGACUUUUUUCAAAAUAUUACGAACAUAUUAACUAUACUACAAGUCCAAUAUCACAUAAUUAUAACUAAUUGAGUAAAUAUGUUAAUAGUAUGGAACGUAACACAGAAUGCACCCUUGGAUUUGAGUAGACAUGGGACUGCAUGGAAAACUGAUGUUAUUAGUACUUUUAAAUUUCAACGACGUCUUCCCUGUCAAACUUGCGGUAAAAGUUUUGACAGGCCUUCUCUGUUAAAAAGACAUUUACGAACGCAUACAGGCGAAAAGCCACAUGGUUGCGCAAUAUGUGGUAAGAUGUUUAGUACAAGCAGCUCAUUGAAUACUCACGUUAGGAUUCACACUGGUGAACGUCCUCACGAAUGUCCAAUGUGUGGGAAGCGUUUCACAGCAUCAUCGAAUUUGUAUUACCACCGUAUGACACAUUAUAAGGAAAAACCACACAAAUGUGAUGAAUGUGGGCGAUCUUUUCCAACUCCCGGUGAUUUAAGGGCUCAUGGAUAUUCUCAUACUGGUAAUUGGCCUUUACGUUGUCCCGUCUGUAACAGGGGAUUUUGCAAACUCGGCGCCUUACAUCAUCAUAUGAAAUCACAUGGUGAUCGUUCUUAUUAUGGUAUCUGCAAUCAAAAGUCUCCCGUCAUCAAUAAUUUACAAAUACAUGAGCAUUUACAGCAUUCGCAUGUGUCAAAUAAUAAUACAGCUAAUUAUACGGGUAUACACAAUGGUAUUUCAAACGUCGAGAUUGCAAAGUUUGAAGAUUUCAAUAAUUGUAUGCAAUUACCUACAAUGUAUCCAUGGCCUUCUUUUUCUUGGAUGCCAUUACAAUUCCAAAAUUAAUCGAUUAUAUUUUCUGCAACUAAUAAAUAAAUCAA